AUGUCCUCGAAGACGCCGUACGUCGUAUUUGGGUAUGGGUCCCUCAUAUUCAAGCCACCCCCAUACAUCAUAUCGGAAGUGCCAGGAUUUCUUAAAGGUUACGUGCGGCGGUUUGCGCAGAAAUCGCAUGAUCAUCGUGGAACGCCAGAGAACCCAGGCCGAGUCGUUACCCUGGUCCACAAAGAAGACUGGGAUCACUUUUCUGGAUCUGAUGCCUUUCCCGAUGAAGAUGUCGUUUGGGGCAAUUCUGCUAACCUGGAUAUCGAACAUGCGCUCUGCUGUUAUACAGGUAUCGCGUAUACCGUAAAUCCUCUCUACGAAUCUGAAGUUCGCGAUUAUCUGGAUUACCGCGAAAAGGAUGGGUAUACCCUAGAGACACUCGAUGUAUAUACCAUAGAAGACGGGGUCGAAAAAGUGAUCGUCCAUAAUUGUUAUGUCGGCCAUCCAGAUAACCCCUCAUUCGUGGGUUCAGAGCCUCUGGAGGCUCUCGCGGAUCGCAUCUGGAGAUCGGUCGGACCGUCGGGGAGAAACAAGGACUACUUAUACCAGCUGGCAGAUUCUGUCAGGAAACUCGCACCUGCGUCCUUCGACUCUCAUUUGUUUGCGUUAGAAGUAAGACUCGCAUCACGCUCUCAGCUCUCAGCCCCUCUUACCACCCUCAACGUAGGAUAG